AUGUAAAGGUUCUAUACUUUAAUUUCUAUUAACUUUGUAGGAUAUGGAUGUAUCAAAGAAGAACUAUAAAAAGAAAUAUUGAAAGAAGCAGUUUGAGAAAUAAUUUAGAGUCAAAUAAAAAGGAGAAACAUAAGAAGAGAAAGAGAAGGUAUAAAAUUGAUGGGGAAGCUUCAAGGAAUUCGGAAGAAGAGGGCUUCACCAGUAGAAAAAAGAAGAGGAAGAGAUUGCAAGAAAUCAGUGCUUCAAUGACAAGCAAAAGACACAAACUUAUUGAGGAUAAUGAUCUUGAGAGUGUUGUCUCAAGUACAGAUGUAAGAGUGCCUAAAAAGAGUCGUGUCAGAUUUGUUGAAGAGAAAAAUUAUGCUGAUGAAGUGCUGCCUUUUAUGGAGCAACUAUUGAAUGAUGAGGAUUUGUCUCAAACUCUCAAUAUUUCUAAUAGUAUAAAUUCUGAGCAAGAUGAAGAAUUAGGUCAUCCAGAGGCAAAGAGGGUUAGAGGACCUACAUUGUUGAAAAAAAUUUGGAACACGCCUUAUGGAAAGAUAAUUGAUGUGCAAUUUAAUAACUGCAAUCAAGCUAUAAGAAAAGAAGGCAGAAAACUUGCUAGUUUUCUUGGUAUUCUAGCUAGAACUCCUUCAAUAAUGCCUUUAAACAUAGAUGACUGGAGAUGUUAUGAUAAAGAGGAGAAAAAUAAGUUGCUGAAAAUUGUGAGGAAAAGAAUUUAUUAUUCUUAAUAGAUUCUAAUUUAAUUUAAUUUGAUUCAUUAAGAAAUUGCUUGAACAUUUUGUAGAAGAAGUUUUCUAUCCCAAUACGUGGUGAGGAAUUUGUAAAAAGAUUAAUUGGGAAGAAAUUGAAAGAUUAUACAUGUGACUUAAAGGGUAUAUAUUUGGGACAGUACAAAACCAAAGAUG